CAAAGGGCAAUCCACCUCUAGGCCACCGCUCUUUGAUGGCACCAACUACUCGUAUUGGAAGGAACAUAUGAGAGUCUAUAUUUGUUCCACCAACUCCCAAUUGUGGUUGGUGACCAAGGACGAAUUUGAUGCCGAGGACAUCAAGAAGAUUGAGAAUUAUGCAAAGGCCAUCAAUAUGCUAUAUUGUGCGGUCAACCCUGACGACUACCGAAAGAUUUCCUGUUGCACAACCGCCAAGGAGAUGUGGGACAAGCUUUGAAGUGACGUACGAAGGUAUCGAUCAAGUGCGUGAAGCCAAGAUCGAUUUUCUCACCCAAGAGUAUGAAAUGUUCCGAAUGAAGGAAGGUGAGAAAAUCGACGACAUGUUUGAUCGUUUCUCAAAGAUUAUAAACGAUCUUCAUGCUCUUAAGAAGACAUAUACCAACAAGGAUCUCGUAAGAAAAAUCCUGCGGAGCCUUACCCUCGAAUGGAGAUCAAAAGCCGAUGCAAUCUAUGAACUUAUUGGAGUCUCCAAUGUCACCAUCGACAGGCUAAGAGGUAAUCUUAAAACCUAUGAAUCUACUAUUCUAACCCCGUCUCUGGAUGAACAAAAGAAAAAGGGGAUAGCUCUCAAAGCCACCAAGGAACCGGUGGAAGAGGUUUCUAGCGAUGACGACAACGAGUUUGGAGUCGUCAUCAAGAAGUUUCACAAGUUCAUGAAGAAGGAAUUUGAGCGGAAGGGAAGGAAGCACGACGGUCCUCCCAAGUGCUACGGCUGUGGCGAGAUUGGCCACAUCAAGCCAAGGUGUCCAAAAGCCAAGCACGACAAUGACAAGCCUGGCUUCAAGAAGCAAAGGGCUUACAUCUCUUGGGGUGGCGAUUCUGGCGACGAAUCAACCAACCAAGAGGAUGACGAAGCUGCAAAUCUUUGCCUCAUGGCGCACGAAGAUCAAAACGAUGACGUCCAAGAGGAAUAGGUUUUAAUAAAAAUGAAGCUAAGGUUAAAGAAAACGUUGAGCCACCACCUAGACAACCACCUAGGCUCAACGUAAGAAACCUAAAAAUCCGGAUAAUAGAAAACCUAGUCAACCUAAGGACACUAGACAACCUAGACUAAAACCUAGAAAUGAAUAUGUUCAUGGUAG